ACUCCGAACAGAUCCGCCCCAAAUCUGUGCAGCAGCGCAGCCGCCCGCUCGCUCUACACACUACACACGAGAGGAGACCAAAGUGAUCGCCUGCUGCAAGCAAGGAGAGCCAUGAGCUUGGUGGUGACGGUAGCGUAUGAGCCAGAUGGUAGUCCAUCGCUAAGAGACAGGAGAUUAGAGAUGAAGGUGUCGCGACUACAGACAUCACUGGACAUAGCCAGAGAUGUGUACGAGAAGGUGAAGGGAGAGCUUCAGAAACCAUUCGAGGACUACAUUCUUUACUGGCCACGGCAGAAGGUGUGGCUGCUGCCCGAGAAGCAGAUUGGCCACUUCCACCUUGAGAGUGGAGCCAAACUACAGUUCAAGAUUAGGAGAAGACCUCUUCGGAUUAGAUUUCUCGAUGCUUCCUGCAAGAUACUUGUUGUGGACGGUUCUCAACUGGUGAAAGAGGUGCUGAGCGAUGUGUGUUCCCAGCUGAAACUCCAGUAUCCAGAGGAAAUGUCUCUGGUAGUGGCUGGAGACUAUGCAGUCACUAAACAUCAUAAUGCUAAGGCAACUGCAAAGAGAGUGGAGUCAGCAUCUCCUGGCCUGACUAGAAAGGCUCUAGGGAGGACAAGGAGCUCCAUGUCAAAGGACCCAGACUCCUCUCCUCCCAUCUCACCAGGCGUCAGGAGAAAGAGACCAAUGAGUGGGACAUUUUCUAACGCAUCAAAGAGGUGGACCAAUAGCCGAGUUAGAAAGCAGAUAUCAAAAAAGCAUCAAAUCAGACUCGACACUCCAUGGCUUGAUCCAAACAAAACUCUUGCCGAGCAGGAAGUGACGGAUAGUGAUGAGCUGAUUCUAAUGUACAGAUAUUACUACCACAUGAGUCUUGACAGACACUCUCCCAAUCUGGAGCUGCUCUACAAACAAGCUAGAGCGACGUACCUGGCAGGAGAGAUGCUCUGCUCUGUGGGUGACAUGGUGAGACUCUCUGCCAUCCUCACACAGAUCAACAAGGGAGACUACGUAUCCGAGAAGCACAAUUCAGAAGUUUUGCUGCAGAUAAAAGGGCAGAUUGCACCUCCAAAAUGCAAAGUGAAGGUAUAUUAUAACAUUGUACUGGAGUUUGGAACAUACAAUGUGCACUGUGUCAGUAGCGGGUGUAUGGGGCGACACAUAUGUUGUUCGAAUCUGUUGGAGAUUGCUUAUUGCUCUUUUAAACUUUGCAGCACCUCUCUAAGCAGAUACUAGCAGAACAUGCUGCACUAAAAGGGCUAACAGUGCGGGACGCCAUGUGCUGGUUUGUGAAGCUAUGGUCAAGUCUACAGCUGUUUGGAAUGGAGUUUCUCUCAUGUACCAACAUUGAAACCAAGGAAAACGGACUCAUCGGUGUCUCUAAAGACAGGGUUGUGUUCCUGCCACACAAGAAAAAGAAAAACUUCUGUUGGGACAUGGCCACUCUCGUUGACUGGAAGCAGGACGGCAGCAAGGACGUGGUGACUCUGUCAUUCAACAUGGAGAGCUCCACCCACACUCUCACUCUCUCCCUCCACCUACCAGAGUACUCUGGAGUACUGGCCGACUGCCUCCAAGGUCACAGGGAGUUGAGUGACACAGUAGUUGACAUGUCCAGUGGCUUCCAUGAGUUCCAGUUUGAUGAGGAGCUGGAGACAGCCAUCAGUGGGUUCACAGAUGAGGGGAGGAAGGACCCCAAGGACAAGGCCUUCACCAACCUCACCUAUGAGGACGUCUACUGGGCCAGCAAGAUUGCCAAUCCUCUCUUCUCGGGAGAGGAGCUUCAUGAACUGAAGGAAGGAGCCUGGGAGAACCCGGCAUAUGAUAACAUGGACCAACUCAUGGAUGAGAGAUUUAGUUUCUUGGACUUCACCGAAUACACCAGUUCUGAGACUGCCAGUAUGGACAGUGGGAUAAUUAGUGGGCGGAGUCUGGAACUUCCACUUGGAAGCCCCGUCAGGAGAAAGUCGGAGGGCCUGGUGGGAGGUCAGAGUCCGCUAGUGAGGUCCACCCACAGUAUGAUGGCGUGCUCGCCGGUGGAGCCCUGGAAACCUCUCUCCUCCUCCGCCCUCCACCUCUCCAAUGGUCUCCUGGACAACGCCCACCUCAAGACCCACUCCCGCACGGCCAGCUCAGGCAGCAGUAUCAUCAGUGACGGUCUCCCCAGUCCUCGACCAACAGACUCCUCCCUCCUCCCAGCUAUCACAACUAUACAACACUCCUGACUGAUAAUGAACCCCUCCCCCACAAUUAUUACGCAACCACACACUCCUUUCUUGUAUUAAAGUUCUAUAAUAUAAAAAACACACACAAUGUCGUUUUACAUUAAUGCAUGUAUACAUACAUACAGGCAACUAUUGAAACAGUG